GGGUUGAUCGAGUUGUAACGAUCGCACCCAAAACCCCAACGACGAAAGUGUAUCAAUUACAUCGAAUUUACCAAAUAUGAUCCAAUUUGAAGGGAGGAUAAGUAGAUACAAAUUCUAGGGUUCGAUUCUUCAAUUCAGAGCCAUCUUCCCCUCUCUCAGUCCCUCAUUGCUCACAUUCCACCAUGCUGCCACCAUAGCCGCCAUCGAAGCUUACUGCACCACCUCCGACGACUCACGCACCAACGUUGAAUUGUUCAAGUUUAUGCUGCCCUCCGAAUUCUGGACCUUUUGAUUUAACACAAUCUAGGUGUCAGCAAGGGGAUAUUGCUUGGAACAACAUUCAAGAAGGCUAUCCAUGGAUGACAAAAAACAAAUGUUAUUGGAGGAUGAUAUUGAAAAACUAGAAGUGCCUGUUCAGGGGGAACUAAGUCUAUGUGAAGCUGACAAAAAUCAGGAACCAUGUGAGGGUAUGCUAUUUGAUUCAGAGGAGGCAGCAAGAGCAUUUUAUGAUGAUUAUGCAGGGCGGAUGGGUUUUGUUACUCGUGUUUUAUCUUCUCGGAAGUCAGAGAGGGAUGGAACAAUAAUUUCCCGUGGACUUGGAUGUAGAGGGGAGUCAGAAAAUCAUAAAAACGAGAGCAUUAUGGUCCAGAAGAAAAAUAAGGGCAGAGAAGGUUGUAUGGCAAUGAUUUUAGUGAAGAGAGAGAAACCUGGGAAUUGGGUCGUUAGGAAAUUUGUAAGGGAACAUAACCAUCCACUUCAUGUCUCAAUUUCAAAGAGACGCCCAGCUUUUGAUGAGAAAGACAAGAGAAUUCAGGAACUAACUGCUGAACUGCGUGUAAAGAAGCGGUUGAGUGCAGCAUACAGAGAACAACUUCUUGCUCUAAUGAAAGAUGUUGAUGGUCACAAUGAACAUAUAUCCACAAAAGUUCAACUUGUACGUAAUAAUCUAAAAAAACUUGAAGAGAAUGGACACAUCCAUCACAGAUAGGCCAACCACCAUAUGUUUGGUACAGGCUUCGGUUUGGCAUGCUCGUUGCAUAAACUAGCAGUAAACAGAGCUCGGCUCGUAUAAUCGUGUAAGUAAACAUCGUCAAAGCUGGUGGAUCAGUAGAAAAAGUUAGUAAAAUAACCAAGUCCAAAAUGAUGCCCUCAGAGGCUGGUGUUAAUGUAUAUAGAGGUAACCAAAGUUGUAUGCAACUAUUUGUUAGCGAACGUGUUGGACUAGAAAUUAUGACCCCUGUUGAUAUCGUUCUCCAACACUGUAUGGCGCAAGGAUCCUAUACAAUGAGUAUUCGUGUCGCUGAUAGUGAAAUGGAAGUCAACAUGAUCUCUUGAUUCCUUGAA